AAAAAAAAAAAAAAAAAAAUACAGCAUAACUUAAUCUCAUUGGAAUAAUGCAUAAUCUCAUAUUGUCUUUCUUUGCCCAUUUGCUUCAAAAUUCUGGCCCACAAUGUAAAUGAGUGUGAGGUGUUUCCUGGAGUCUGUACAAAUGGGCAGUGUGUCAAUACCUUGGGAUCGUUUGUUUGCCAGUGCCCCAAUGGAAUGACUUUAGAUGCUUCUGGACGAACAUGUCUUGACAUUCGCUUGGAGAGUUGCUACCUGCAACACGAAGAUGAGCAGUGCACCUCACAGAUCCCAGGUCGACACCGCAUGGAUGCUUGCUGCUGUUCAGUGGGGGCAGCCUGGGGCUUUGAGUGUGAGGAGUGUCCUCUGAAGGGAUCACCUGAGUUUGAAGCUCUUUGUCCAAGAGGAUCUGGGUUCUCUACGAAAAUAGAGAUAACUGGGAAACCUUUCUCUAAAGAUAUCAACGAAUGCAAAAUGGUCCCCAGUCUUUGUACCCAUGGAAAAUGCAGAAAUACCAUUGGCAGUUUUAAGUGUAGAUGUGACAGUGGAUUUGCCCUUGAUUCUGAGGAGAGGAAUUGCACAGAUAUUGAUGAAUGCCGCAUCUCUCCUGAUCUCUGUGGCCAAGGCAUCUGUGUCAAUACUCCUGGAGACUUUGAAUGUGAAUGUUUUGAAGGCUACGAAAGUGGAUUUAUGAUGAUGAAAAACUGCAUGGACAUCGAUGAGUGUCAACGCAAUCCCCUUCUCUGCCGAGGUGGCACCUGCAUCAACACUGAGGGAAGCUUUCGGUGUGAUUGUCCUCCAGGCCAUCAGAUAUCACCAAAUAUCUCUGCAUGUAUAGACAUUAAUGAAUGUGACCUAAGCACCAAUCUGUGCCGAAAUGGACGUUGUGUCAACCUGAUUGGAAAGUAUCAGUGUGCUUGCAACCCUGGGUAUCAGUCCACACCUGACAAGUUAUACUGUGUUGAUAUUGAUGAGUGCAGUAUAAUGAAUGGUGGCUGUGAGAACUUCUGUACAAACUCGGAGGGCAGUUACGAAUGUAGCUGUAAACAAGGUUUUGCACUCAUGCCAGACCACAGGACAUGCACUGAUAUCGAUGAGUGUGAAGACAAUCCUAACAUCUGUGAUGGAGGCCAGUGUACAAACAUCCCAGGAGAAUACAGGUGUCUUUGCUAUGAUGGAUUCAUGGCAUCUGAAGACAUGAAGACUUGCAUAGAUGUUAAUGAGUGUGAUUUGCAUCCAAACAUCUGUCUGAGUGGAACUUGUGAGAAUACAAAAGGCUCAUUUAUCUGUCACUGUGAUAUGGGAUAUUCAGGCAAGAAAGGCACAACUGGUUGCACAGAUAUCAAUGAGUGUGAAAUUGGAGCCCAUAACUGUGAUAGACAUGCCAUAUGUACAAACACAGCAGGAAGUUUCAAAUGUAGCUGCAGCCCUGGCUGGAUUGGAAAUGGUAUCAAGUGCACAGAUCUGGAUGAGUGCUCCAAUGGAACCCACAUGUGCAGCCCACAUGCUGACUGCAAGAAUACAAUGGGCUCUUACCGCUGCCUGUGUAAAGAAGGUUAUACUGGGGACGGCUUCACUUGUACAGACCUCGAUGAAUGCUCAGAAAACUUGAAUCUCUGCGAAAAUGGGCAGUGCCUCAAUGCCCCUGGAGGAUAUCGCUGUGAAUGUGAUAUGGGAUUUUUGCCAAGUCCAGAUGGGAAAGCAUGUGAAGAUAUUGAUGAGUGCUCACUUCCUAACAUCUGUGUCUACGGGACUUGUCAUAACCUGCCUGGACUUUUCCGAUGCGAGUGUGAAGUGGGCUACGAGUUGGACAGAAGUGGUGGUAACUGCACAGAUGUUAAUGAAUGUGCAGAUCCCACAACCUGCAUUAGUGGCACAUGUAUUAAUACAGCUGGUAGUUACACCUGUGAGUGCCCUCCUGAUUUUGAGCUGAAUCCCACCAGAGUUGGAUGUGUUGAUACACGAUCUGGCAACUGUUACCUGGACAUUAAAACUCGUGGAGAUAACGGUGGCACCUUCUGCAGCAAUGAGAUUGGAGUGGGUGUUUCCAAGGCCUCCUGUUGCUGCUCCCUGGGCAAAGCUUGGGGAGUUCCCUGUGAACACUGCCCACUUGUGAACACAACUGAAUAUAAGGUUCUUUGCCCUGGAGGGGAAGGAUUCCGACCAAACCCUAUUACAGUUAUAUUAGAAGAUAUUGAUGAAUGUCAAGAACUGCCGGGACUUUGCCAAGGAGGAAAAUGUAUUAAUACAUUUGGUAGCUUCCAGUGUCAGUGUCCAUCAGGGUACUACUUGAAUGAAGAGACUCGAGUGUGUGAUGAUGUGAAUGAGUGUGAUACACCUGGCAUUUGUGGACCUGGCACAUGUUACAAUACUGUUGGGAACUACACCUGCAUCUGUCCUCCUGAUUACAUGCAAGUCAAUGGAGGAAACAACUGCAUGGAUAUGAGAAGAAGUUUGUGUUACAGAAAUUACUAUGCUGACAAUCAAACCUGUGACGGUGAGCUGCUCUUUAAUAUGACCAAGAAAAUGUGCUGCUGUUCCUACAACAUUGGGCGUGCAUGGAAUAAGCCUUGUGAACAGUGUCCCAUCCCGAGCACUGAUGAAUUCUCCACACUCUGUGGAAGUCAAAGGCCUGGCUUCUUUAUUGACAUUUAUACAGGAUUACCAGUUGAUAUUGAUGAAUGCAGAGAGAUUCCUGGAGUGUGUGAAAACGGGAUCUGUAUAAAUAUGGUUGGCAGCUUCCGAUGCGAGUGCCCUGUGGGUUUCUUCUACAAUGACAAGCUUCUGAUCUGCGAAGAUAUUGAUGAAUGCCAAAAUGGACCAGUGUGUCAGCAAAAUGCAGAAUGUGUCAAUACAGCUGGUAGCUACCGCUGUGACUGUAAACCUGGCUACAGGUUCACAUCAACUGGCCGCUGCACUGAUCGGAAUGAAUGUCAAGAAAUUCCCAAUAUCUGCAGCCAUGGGCAGUGUAUUGACACUGUUGGAAGUUUCUACUGCAUUUGUCACAAUGGAUUCAAGACCAAUGAUGACAGAACAAUGUGUAUAGAUAUUAAUGAGUGUGAGAGAGAUGCCUGUGGCAACGGAACCUGCAGAAACACCAUUGGCUCCUUCAACUGCCGCUGCAAUUUGGGGUUCAUCCUCUCACACAACAAUGACUGCAUAGAUGUGGACGAGUGUGCAAGUGGAAAUGGAAUGCUCUGCAGGAACGGUCAGUGUGUGAACACGAUCGGGUCCUUCCAGUGUCUUUGCAAUGAUGGCUAUGAGGUUGCUCUGGAUGGAAGGACUUGUGUUGAUAUCAACGAAUGUGCACUGGAGCCUGGAAAAUGCUCACCAGGCACAUGUCAGAACUUGGAUGGGUCAUUCAGAUGUAUCUGUCCUCCUGGAUAUGUCCUGCAGAAUGACAAAUGUGAAGACAUUGAUGAGUGUGUGGAACAGCCAGAAAUUUGUGCCCUGGGCACGUGCAGCAACACUCCAGGCAGUUUCAAAUGUCUGUGUCCAGAAGGCUUUGUGUUGUCUUCCACAGGAAGGCGAUGCCAAGAUCUGAGAGUAAGUUACUGCUUUACCAAAUUUGAAGAUGGAAAAUGUUCUGUGCCAAAGUCCCGAAACCACUCCAAACAAGAGUGUUGCUGUGCCUUAAAGGGACAGGGAUGGGGAGAUCCCUGCGAACUCUGCCCAGAGGAAGCAGAUGAGGCAUUCCGACAGAUUUGUCCAUUUGGAAUUGGCAUCCUUGUUGGACCUGGUGAUGCAAGACUGGAUGUGGAUGAGUGUCUUGAUCCAGAUAACUGUAAAUUUGGGCAGUGUAUCAACACAGAUGGGUCCUUCCGCUGUGAGUGUCCAUAUGGUUACAUACUACAAGGAGCUCAAUGUGUGGAUACUGAUGAGUGUGCUGUUGGAAACCCAUGUGGCAAUGGAACUUGCAGGAAUGUGGUGGGAGGUUUUGAAUGCACCUGUGUUGAGGGAUUUGAGCCUGGACCAAUGAUGACCUGUGAAGAUGUCAACGAGUGCAUUCAGAACCCUCUGCUCUGCGCUUUCCGCUGCGUGAACACUUACGGAUCCUACGAAUGCAAGUGUCCCGGGGGGUAUGUUCUGCGAGAGGACCGGAGGAUGUGCAGAGAUCAGAAUGAGUGUGAAGAAGGAAUUCAUGACUGCGACUCAAAACAGAUGGAAUGCAAAAACCUAAUUGGCACCUACAUGUGUAUCUGUGGACCAGGUUAUCAGCGCAGACCAGACGGGGAGGGCUGUAUGGAUGAGAAUGAAUGUCAGACCAAACCUGGGAUCUGUGAGAAUGGCCGUUGUGUAAACACAGUGGGAAGUUACAGAUGUGAAUGCAACGAGGGGUUCACUGUCAGUGAUGCCCAGAACGAGUGCCUUGACAACAGGGAGGGCUACUGCUUCACUGAAGUCUUACAAAGUAUGUGUCAAAUCGGAUCAAGCAACAGGAACUCUGUCACCAAGUCUGAAUGCUGCUGUGAUGGUGGCCGAGGCUGGGGGCAAAAUUGUGAGGUCUGCCCCUUCCCAGGCACCGUGGCCUUCAAGAAGCUUUGCCCACAUGGCCGAGGAUACAUGUCUAAUGGAGCAGAUAUUGAUGAAUGCAAGGUUAUUCAUGACGUCUGCCGUAAUGGAGAAUGCAUCAAUGAGAGGGGAUCUUAUCGUUGUCAUUGUAACCUUGGCUAUACUACAGAUAUAACUGGCACUCUUUGCAUAGAUCUGAAUGAAUGUAAUGAGUCCCCAAAACCUUGCAAUUUCAUCUGCAAAAACACAGAGGGGAGCUUCCAGUGUUCAUGUCCUAAAGGGUACAUCCUGCAAGAAGAUGGGAGAAGCUGCAAAGAUCUUGAUGAAUGUGCAACAAAGCAGCACAACUGCCAGUUCCUUUGCGUCAACACUAUUGGGGGUUUCACUUGUAAAUGUCCUCCUGGAUUCACUCAGCACCAUACAGCCUGCAUUGAUAAUAAUGAGUGUGCUACUGAAAUCAAUUUAUGUGGGGCGAAGGGCAUUUGCCAGAAUACACCAGGAAGUUUUGUUUGUGAGUGUCAACGUGGCUUCUCACUCGAUCAAACUGGGCUUAGCUGUGAAGAUGUUGAUGAAUGUGAUGGAAACCACCGAUGUCAGCAUGGUUGCCAAAAUAUAAUUGGAGGAUACAGGUGUAGCUGCCCACAAGGAUAUCUCCAGCAUUACCAGUGGAACCAAUGUGUUGAUGAAAAUGAAUGUCUCAGUGCACACAUUUGUGGAGGAGCAUCUUGCCACAAUACUUUGGGAAGCUAUAAAUGUAUGUGCCCUACCGGAUUUCAGUAUGAACAGUUUAGUGGAGGUUGCCAAGAUAUCAAUGAAUGCGGUUCUGCACAAGCCCCAUGCAGUUAUGGUUGUUCAAAUACUGAAGGUGGCUAUGUCUGUGGAUGUCCACCUGGUUACUUCAGAAUAGGACAAGGACACUGUGUUUCUGGAGUGGGGCUAGGCAAAGGUCAAGGACAAGAACUUUCACUCAGUGGAGAAGUAGAUGACAACUCCCUUUCUCCAGAAGCUUGUUAUGAAUGUAAAAUCAAUGGCUAUCCCAAGAGAGGAAGGAAGCGCAGAAGCACUAAUGAAACUGCAAAUGAAGCAGAGGAUCAGCAAGAGCUGGAGCCACCGAUCAGUCUCGCCAGCUGGGAUAUUGAGAAAGCAGCAGUCUUCUCCAUCAACAUCUCGGAUCUCAGUAACAAAGAUCGCAUCCUGGAACUGCUUCCUGCCCUCACAACACUGACAAACCAUAACCGAUAUUUAAUUGACUCCGGAAAUGAAGACGGUUUCUUUAGAAUCAAUAAGAAGGACGGGAUAAGUUACCUUCAUUUCACAAAGAAGAAGCCAGUGCCUGGAAACUAUUCAUUACAAAUCAGUAGUAUUCCACUCUAUAAAAAGAAGGAACUUAACCAGCUUGAAGAGAAACAUGACAAAGACUACCUCAGUGGUGAGCUGGGAGACAACCUGAAAAUGAAAAUUCAGAUAUUGCUUCAUUAAUUCAUCAACCAAAGACCAAAUAAUUAAACCAAAGAUAGAUAGGUAGGACUGAAUAUUCCUCCCAAUCAGAUUCUCCAUAUCAUAGGUACAAUCUUACAUGAGUACAUUUGUAUGAACGAGCACUAUUAUAUUAUUACAUAAACAAGGUACAGGAUGAAUACCCUAGCUCAAAACAACCACUUUCUCAGGCUUUUAAGUGUAGCUGAGCUACCUUGAUAUGUUGAAUCUUGAAAACUGGGACUUUUAUCAUUGGAAGUUGGCCACUGAUGCUGAGACACGUCAUCAUUUCAGCAGAGGUACAAGAAUGUGCUUUCAACUGAUGGACAGCUCUAUUUUUGUAAUUCCUAAACUUUGCUUCUCCAACUACAACUUACUAGGUCAGCCAUUUAUGAUAUCCAUUUGGUGCUAGUAAAUUUUCAACCUAGAUUUAUAAAUGCACUGUAAUAUUUACACAACUUAGAAGCCAAAAUUGCCAUUAUUCAGUCUAAAUACUUCAAUCAACCAAAGUUAGCUCAGUAGUUUAUCUCAGUUAUGCCUAUAAUACAAUACAUGUAAAUUAAGUGUGUGUAUACUGUAAUCAUGCUAUUUUUAUCAAUGAAGCAUUUGUAAACUAGAUUAAUAAUACCCUUAAUGUGAGGGUUUGUAAUGGUGCUUAUAAGACCAACUACUUGUUAACUGUAUACACAAACCUGAUGAUAAAAUUUCUGUGACUUGCCAAAAUGCACUGAGGUCAGUAGGGACCAUUAAACAUUCUCAAAAGUCAGAUGACAAUCAGUGCCAUCCUACACCAUGACAUUAUGUAACGUGUCAAGAGUACCCACAGUCAUUCAUAUCAACAAGGGUUCAAUGUCAUAAAUGUCACAAUAAAACAGUUUUUUUUUUAGUUUAUUCUGUGGCCUUGUGUUCUUGCUAAAAGUGUGAUAAACUGCAUUCUUAUGUUUCAGGCAUUGUUGGUAGGGUCGGUUGUAUAUCUGUCUGUGUGCACAGGUGAUUUCUCCCUGAAGGUGUGCUGCUGCCAUUUGUUCAUUCUUCAUGCAAAGAAAGAACGGAAGAAAUACAGAAACCUUCUCAAAUCUGAACAGCAGCGGACCUCUGUCAAAUUACUGUGUGCCUCCAGAAAGCAAGUUAGAACAUUUCCAAUGACCUGACCUGAAUAAUCCUGCCAAUAUGUAACUUUGAUAGCCAAAACAUGCAGAAAUGGAUAUUAAAUCAUUAUACAGAAACCACACUUAAUUAAUUUGAAAAGUCUUGUUUGCUAAAACUGCCCUGACUUAAGAUACUUCAUUCUUCGACCCCCGCUUCAACAGCUAUUGUCAGAUAAUCUAAGACUGAUAACAAAGGGAUAAUCCAAUACCAAAAGCCAUCACAAGAUGUAGCUGGGUUUUAAUAUCAAAUUAAUUACUCGAUGAUGCGGGUGUUCUUGUAUACCCAAGUGCCGUGGUGUAUGUUUUAGCAGCAGCAGAACUUUGUACUGAGGUGUGAUGCUAUAAAAUCUGGAAGAAAAAAAUGAAUCAAGUGGUGUCACAGAAACUGCUGAUUAGACAGCACCGUAGUUGAUAGAGGGAACGUAUAUUGAGCUAUAAUAGCUUUGGAAGGGAAAUGUACUGUAAUAAUUCACUCCAAAUUGUAUUAUUUUCUGUAAUUAGAUGUCAGCUCUCUUUGAUUUCUUCUGCAUAACAGAUAUAACUAUAUAAAAAGGAGCUUGUGCACAGGGUUACUUGGAUAUUUUUAAUAGACCGUGUCUGGAUUUUAUUUAUUAGUGUGCCAAAAUGUUGAACGGUGUAUUUUUUCCACGUGUUGCGUAACUAUGGCGAAAUAUAAUCAGAGCUUUACAGUUGUAAAUGGCACUCUUAUUUCAGCAGGUUGGGAGUGAUUUUUAGUGCCAGUGGCAAUGUGCAAGAUCGUAUGGUUUCUAGCUAAGUGUACAGUUUGAGUAUUUUUUUUUUUUUUUCUCCAGCCCUUAAAGACUGAGAGAAACUGAGAAGAAUGAUUUCAGAAAGACCUGUCAGGACUCUGUCCAGUGGAGUUGGUUUAGCAUUUAAGCUGCUGUAUAACACCUUGAUUGUUUUCCAGCAGCCCCAGUGUUGCCUGCACAGUUCUGCAAGUCAUCUUUGUUAUGCUGCAGAAAACAAGAAAAUUUGACAGCAUCUCUUUUAGCAAUUUAAAAAUGGAAAGCCCAGUUUUGCUGUACUGAUCUGCACAUAAAAAUCCAUUUUCUUGUGCAAUUGUUCAUCUGUCUCUUUGCAGCAGUGCCUGUUAACUGGUAUGUCAUUUUUGCCUGUCAGUCUUAGUUGCUGUGUGCAUACAAUUAUUUGCCUUAGUUUGAAUUUUUGCAGUUUCCUUAGAUUCUCAGUGAAGCACAAAGGUUGCAUAAUAAAAUUGCACGAGACCUGCAAUUAAAAAGUGGUUUGUAACCUACAGUCUGAUUUAAAAUAAUUUCCUCUAUUUGAUUUGACGGUGAGAUCCCAGAAUGACUCUAAGCACUAGACAGAGUGAAGUAGAGGUCUUUCUGAAUGUGUAUCCUUUUGAAAUUAAAUGGUAUUUUUCAAAUUCAAGGAAAUGGCAAAAUCUUUUAAUUAUUUGAAAUAACAGCGUGGCAUCCCUACAUUGCGAUUGUGCGUAUGACUCGGCAUAGAUAAUAAAUAUA